AUGACCAAUGUCUUUUCCAAAAGUUGCUUUGAUGAUGUAAAUGAUAAUGGGAUAUAUGUGUGCGAUACAGGAAAUAGUCGUAUUCAAAAAUGGUUACCCAAUGCAAUUAAUGAAACAACUGUAGCAGGUGAAAAUGGAUGGGGAAGUGGAUUUAAUCAAUUAAAGGACCCAUCGUCAAUCAUUGUUGAUCCCAGUACAAGAAUCAUUUACAUAUCAGAUUACAAUAAUUAUCGUAUAGUGAAGUGGCUGCCAAAUGCCACGAUAGGCAGUCUAGUUGCUGGUGGUAAUAGUCCCAACAGCCAAGCAAAUCAGCUUUAUCUUCCAGCAGGUAUUCGAUUUGAUUCGAGAUGA